AAUCUGCUCGUCUGCGAUAUUUGGCAGGGAGCUGCGUGCGAGCACUUCGCGUGAGUCACUUGAUCUCUUCAACCUCAGCAAACUAUUUUGUGGAGGCGCCUUUCUCCUCUACCUAUUUUGUUAACUACGAGCCCCUGAAUCCUUCGUCGUCAGUGUAGACUGCUCGUCAUGGCUUCUGUAGCUUGCCUGGAGGCGUCCGUCAGCGGGUCUUGCUUGUCCAGGGGGGCACUCACAAAUUCGCAGACCUUUGAGAGCCGGCAAUGCAGUGCAAUUUGCAGCUUGCGUUCCUCGCAUCAGAACAGCAGGCAACAAACAGAAUUGCCAGUGUUCUCUGGCUUGGGACAGAGCCUCAGGUUGGGAGUCAAUAGCAGAAAGACAUGGGCAAGGAAAGUGAGGGCUGCGGUGCCGAUGAGGGCAACGAGGAUGGCCCUUGGAGAAGAUCCCGAGUUUUUUGACGAUGACUAUAUAGUGGUUGGACUCGCUCACUGCUUUGUGAAGGACGACAACUCAAAAUUGCAGGAUGUGUUUGUAAUUGAGGGAAUUCCCGCGGGGGCGGUCGAGUGCAUGGACAACGGGGGUGUCACAUGCUACAAGCACUCGUACGGGACGACCCUGGGUGAGAUUCUGAAGCAGGACGCGAGCAUUCUGCCGGAGGAGUUCCAGGGAGGCGUGUUUGCGGACGACUUUGACUAUCGGACGAAGUGCGCGGCCCGGACGUGGAAGAGGUCGCACGCGCAGGAGCACCUUCUGAACAUGGUGCCGAUUGGGUCAGUCAGGAGCGACUUCAACUAUAAGAUCGAAGACAAGCGGGUCUUGAACCAGGAGAAUGAUGUCAAGGACGAGGACAACAUCAAGCAGGACUUGAGCAUCGACGUUUACGGCAGGAAAAAGGAAGAUGAGGAGGAGAACGAGGUUGCCAAGUUGUACUCCGCAUAAACUGCCUCUGCAUGUGCUCGUUGUGCGCCCGUGUUUGGUAAUGCUCAUAUAGAAGUGGUCCAAUAAGCAUUUUGAUUGCAGGUCCAGAGUGUAUGGUAUGCAUGAUAGUUCGACAAGCUCGUCGUGAGAUCUUCUGAUACCUCGGACAAGAUUUAUAAACAGCAAUGGACUUUUGAUAGCGUGCAGAGUUGCAGCGUUGAUAGUCAACUUGAACACAUAGGCCCCUAUUCUUGUACCAAAAGCUUUUGAGUCGCUGCACAACACCAUUGCGCAAUGCGUGCAGUCUUCUGCGGCCAAACCUUAAUCCAAGGCUGAGACGGUCCUUUUCAUCUUGGCACUGAAUCGUCAUAUAUUUAGUAGGUUGCAUAGUCGCCACGCG